UUCACUGACCAGUAGCGCAAGAAAGUGGCUGGUGUCGUUGCAUAACAUCUGUGGAAUCUAUGGUAACAUCUUUUUUUCCCGUCUUGCACUGGUUUGGCUAGUGAUGAUCAUUCAAGAGAAGCCGUAUACGCUACCGCUACAUAUUGAUCGUAAACCAAAUUUUCCUCGGUUUACGCUUGCUGCCUGCCAAGCCGGUAUCGCCUCGCCGUGAGCUAAGCUUUCCUCGCUUGUCAAACCGCUGAUCAAGCGCAGAGAAAGGUCCUGUGUUUACAUCACGUGGAAAUUUGGUUGGCGUCACUUCCGCACACGCCAGCUCGCAAGCAUGGCAGCGGGUCUUGGCUGUCUUGGCAGCAUGCUUUAGAACAAAACCCCGCGAUCAGUUUUUCGCGAUGCAGUAAGCGCCGUCGAAGGCCCGGUCGUCGACCAGCAUGUUCAACCGGGUCAAGAAUGCCCUCUACAGCGUAGUGGGCGGCCUCGAUGCCUUGCCGGCGGUAAGAGACGGCGAAGCGCCGGGCGAUGGUGACAAGCUGCCACUCAAGUUCAAGUACACGAGGCCUAGCUUCCUUCAGCUGACCACCGACGACGAAGUGCAAGUGUCGGCCGACCAUGUCAUCCGGCCUAUCAUCGUGCCGCGGGACGUGAGCAAGAUUCCGUGGAACGCUGGCUAUGCAGAGGCCAUCAACGCGGGCAAGAGCCUGCGGAACGAGGACCAGGCGGCCGUGUACCGUGGUGCCGUGCGGCGCGGGGCGCACGGCGACGGCGCGGAGCUGCCGUGGGUCUACUUCGCGCUCUUCGACGGCCACGCGGGUUCCGGGGUGGCCGUGGCCGCGUCAAACGUGCUUCAGCGGGUGCUGCAGGACAAGCUGAUGAGCGUGAUGGAAUUGCUGGUACCAGACGGCGGGGCCCAGGCCGCGCCCGAAGGCGGCUUCCUACCCUUCGGCGACCGCAAGAUCACCGCCGAUAGUCUCGUGAUCGGCGCCCUCGAGACGGCCUUCUGGGACAUGGACCAGCAGAUCGCGCGUGACAAGAAGCACUACAAGAUGACCGGCGGCUGCACCGUGCUAGUGGCGCUAUUCAUCCUUGGGAAGCUGUACCUGGCCAACGCCGGUGACAGUAGGGCUGUCAUCUGUCGGGGAGAACAGGUGAUCCCCAUGUCUUGUGAUUUCACACCUGAGACAGAGAGGUCAAGGAUCAAGCAUUUGGGCAUGCAGUGCCCCGAGCUGCUGGGCAGUGAGUUCACCCACCUGGAGUUUGUGCGACGCCCAGUGCGAUCUGACCUGGGCAAACGCCUGCUGUGCCGGGACGCCUUCAUGACAGGCUGGGCCUACAGGACAGUGACGCCUGAGGACCUCCGGUUUCCGCUUAUUUAUGGAGAGGGCAAGCGGAGCCGAGUUCUGGCGACCAUUGGAGUGACACGAGGCUUUGGAGACCAUGAUCUCAAGGCUCAAAGUAGCAACGUGGACAUCAAGCCAUUCCUGACUCCCGAGCCCGAGGUUCGCAUCUUCAAUGUCUGUGCGGAGGAGCUUACGGAUGGCGACGUACUUGUCAUGGGCACAGAUGGCCUCUGGGAUGUGCUAGCCAAUGACAAGGCAGCACAGAUUGUGCUCAAGUCACUUGACCACUUCCCUGCUAGCGACACUCAACGCUUCAAGUUCAGGUACAUCUCCGCCGCCCAGGACCUGGUGAUGUACUCCCGGGGCAAGCUCAAGGAACGGAGCUGGCGGACAGUCGACAACCGGGCGGCCACCAUUGAUGACAUCAGCGUGUUCGUGAUUCCACUGCGGGGCUAUCAGGAGGAGCACCGUGCCUGGAUGGCUGCCACGCGCCAACAGCAGGAGGCACAGCUGCCACCGCAGGCGCAGCCACAGCCACAAGCACAACAGCAGCUGCAGGCUCAACUGCAACCACCACCCCGGACGUCAUCCUCUCCGCAGUUGUCACCGCCGCCAUCGCAACCGCAACCGCCAGCUGAUGCCUCCUAGGCUUUAUUCCUUCUUGUGAUCGCGUGUGUGUUUGUGUUGUAUCUUCUGCUCCCCCUCUCAACUUCGUGCUUGCUAGACGCUCCCCCCAACUGGCGCCAUCUGUGUGCGCCUCUGGAAGAAGAAACAGGGGCCCUCUGCGGACCUCAAGGCACUUGCACUUUCCUCCGGCCCGUCAAUGGAUCCGGACCACGCCGCCGCCGCGGCUGUAGCUGCUGAUGUUGCUGAUGCUGCGCCACCGACGCCGAUGAUGCCCUGCGAAAGCACGUGGAUGCGUCAGUCACUCCACGGGCAGCACAUCGGGUGGCAUCUUUUAUCAUUUUCUUUUUUUUAAUUUCCACGGGACCCUGCUCUGGACUUCCAAGACUCACUGGUAAUGAGAAGACGCGGAUGAAGAGACUUUUUUCUCCAUUUUUUUGCCUGUAAAGAGUAUGUGAGUUAUAUAUAACACGAGCGUCUUUCCAUGACCUGCAGACAAGCCCAGUUCCUCGCGCUUGCUAAGCACCCCUGCAACCAUUCCAGGGGAGUAGAUAGAAAUUGCACAAGAGGAAAACGGGUCGGGUGCUCAUGGGCGCGUUGUACGUGUACAGCGUAAGCAAGCGGGCGUGAUGUGUGUGUGUGAUGGCCUGCAUGUGCAGACUUUACUCUUCUUUUUUUUUUUUUUCGAAAUGGAGGGAUGAAAUAAAGCGAGUGCUUGGGACAC